CGCCAAACGAAUAAACAGUGUUAGGAUCUUAGCUUGCAUGUGGACCAAACAGCUCACCCAGAAGAUUGAUACUAACUUGUGGUUUGUUUCACUAAAGUAACUUACUUUCCAAAACUGGUGAAACAACAGUGAAAUGUUGGAAGCUGAGAAAUAUGAACAAUCGUCAUCACCGUCAUCAGUAUGUGAUCUUACCGAUAGCGAGAAUUGUGGGAUAGAUGCAAUUCAGAAAUCUUCCAACAUUAAAGAUUCUGUUGGCUGUUCGUCUUCAAUUAUUCCAGAUGAAGUUUCUUCACGUUUUAUACCCAUAGGAUCUUUUCUUUCAUCAAUACUUGAACCUAUUCCACAAGGUCAGGAAUUAGCAGUCGGUUCGAUGGCUACUUCCACAGAUGAAUCAAAAUUCACCGUACAAAAUUAUCAUUCCUCUUCUAAUCAUCAUACAACAACACAAUUGAAAAAUGAAGUCUGUUGCCCUUGUCGUUUAACCAAUUUUCGUGUAAGACAACAAAGAAAUUAUCCGCGGGACACAGGACAAACAUGCAAUUCUAUAACACCAGUAACAACUAAUAUAACAGAGACAAUCACGAAGCAAACUAUUUCUUCAAACCAUCCUUUAAAUGUUCAUGGACAUGGAGAUAAUCAUACAAAUAGUCGAGAUUCUGUUUCUUCAAGAUCUAGUUGGGCUCGUAGCAUAUUUGAACGUUUACGAGCUUCAUCAUUAACAUCAUCUACUAAUGAGUCGAAAGCACAUCAUAAUUCUAAUGGUCAAAAUGAAUUUUUAUUUCGAUUCAAAGAGCACAACAGUAACCAUAGUCAUAGUGUAAAUAUAUCAUCUGAUGUAAUUGAUCCAAGGCGUUUACCAAAAGCUCAUGGACCUGCAAGUAAUUGUUUGGAAUUUUCUAAACGACCUUUGCAAAAGUCCAAUAACCAUUUACAUUCGAAAUCAAUUCCAGUAUCUUCAACACAUGCUGAUUUGAUGUCUCCUAGUCUAUCGAAUUCGUUACAAUCUCCUAACACCAAUAAUAAUCAUAAUAAACACAGAAAACGUAUUCGCUGGUUCAGUCAUUCAACUUCAUGUGAUACUGGACCUGACGAUCCAACUUUAGGUUCAUCAAAUUAUCAUUCACAAUUAAGUUCAUCAGUUGUAGAAGAAAUUCAAGGUGCAGUCAAUAUUUUAGCUGGUCGUCAGGUAUUUCCUAGUAGCAUCGCUUGUUCUCGUCCAGGAAUCCGUGUGAAAAGCGCCUCUGAAUCAGAGCAUUUACUAGUUAUUAGUAAAUCUCUGUCCAAUUCAAAAGAGGAACUAUCCCCUUCAUCCUUUGGUCAUUUUGAUGAAAAUCACGUUUAUACCACGUUAUUUCGUCAUAGUACAUGUUAUGAUGUUUUACCGGGUAGUGGAAAGUUAGUUAUUUUAGACUCUCGUUUACCUACAUUACGUGCAAUAUGUGCUCUAUUGGAUAAUGGAGUUAUGGCGGCACCAGUUUGGUGCAAUGAAACUCAAUCAUAUAUGGGUGUUUUUUCUCAAGAAUUAGCUUUAGAUAUGAUUGGACAUUUACACUAUACAGAAGUGAUUAAAAGUGGCAAUUCAGAUAUUCAAACAUUGUCUUCUGCAAAUGUUACUGACACAUCAACCACAACAAAUUCCUCAUCGUCUGGAUUCUUCUUUUCUUCGUUCAAUGCAAACCUUUACGGAUGGGGUGCAAAACAAUUAGGGGAGGUUUAUAAUUUCAUGUAUAGUCGUCCUGAUCGUCAGCUUUUUUCAGAUCUAUUUGUAUAUCCUCAUUACUGUUUACAAAAGGCACUUUAUCGACUAUUUCAUCAUAAUCAUCAUUAUCCUGAACAGAAUCGUCCAUAUCACCAGAGUCAACAUCCACACCAUCAAGAUAGUCUUUCUCAUCAUGAUACUUUACUCAAAUCCAAAUUUUUCAACACUCGUGGUCAUCGUUCUUCAUAUCCUAAUAACUCUACAAAAAUGUCGAUGAAUGAUAAUCCAAAUAAUAAAUUUAGCCAGCAGUCACCCAGUGUACUUCCAAGUCAAUCCAGUCAUUCAUCAUCAAGACUGAGUUUUUCCGAAGAUAAUGGUACAGUAUCCUUUUCGUUUUCUCCACUACUCGGUUCACGGUCACCUGGUUACCAAAUACCUAACUCCACCAAAUCAGAUGAUGCGAUGUCAGGUGUUAUAUCAGAGGAUUUCGAAAGAGUAUCGUCUAAAUGUUGUCCUCUUUCUAAUCCAACCUCACUAUACACAUCAUUUGUAUCUUAUCUAAUUGUAAUUGAUAAUCAUAGUGGAAAUGCGCUUGGUCUGUUAUGCGCUGAUCGUUUACUGGCAUAUUUACGUCUACGUGUAGAUGAAUUACCGAAUACAGGUCGGAUGAACGUUCCAAUCGGUUCUAUUCAGGGUCUUCGUUGGACUGAACGGCACACAUCAAAGAAAUCAACAGUUACUAAAACUACAGAAGAAUGUUUACAAUUUAGAGAAGUCCCUGUUUUACAUCCAAAUGAUCGAGUUCGUGAUGCUUUACAUGUGCUAACUAGUUGGUUACCACAGUUACCAUGUCUUCCAGUUGUACAUUAUCUGGAUGAUAAUCAAUCUCAGUUGAUUGAUCAAAUUAGUUUUAUUUCACCUGGUGAUCUUUUGAACUUCAUUAUCUGUUCCACUUCGGAUACUGCACUCAAUGAACCAAUUAGUAAAAUUAUUGAGAAGAAAUCCGUACACUGCCCUUAUCAACAACAAUGUAUUUGUUUCGUCACAGAAACUGUCGACAUUGUAUUAGAUCGUAUGUUUCGACUUAAAACACCUUGUUUGAUAAUGUUUGAUACACGAAAAAAUAGCGCAUCAUGCACUGUAGCAAGUAAACCAUUCGGUAGACCUGUUGGUAUGGUUACAGCUAAAGACAUAUUACAUACAGUUAUUUUAGGUCAUCGCCAUCAUCCUUCUUCUUUACAUCCACAUCCAUCUCAUCACAUUGGUGAAUCUGUGAAUACAAGUCAAAACAUGUCCGAAGAUGAUAAUAUUCCAUAUCGAAAUAAAAUACAUGACAAUUAUAAACGAACUGUUUCUUUCGAAUCCGGCGUUCUGUCUUCUAGCUGUCAAGAUGGUUCAGAAAAUAUAUUUGAUGCAUCGAGUGGUCAAGUUAAAUUGGAACAUUCUGAAGAGAAGUUUUCACGAUCUCCUUCAUUUGAUUCGCUUCCUUCAAGUGGAACAUUUUCUGUAUCUAGUUCCAAUUCCGAAGUGAUACAUUCAUUAUCCAAUGAGCAUUUCACAUCAACAUGUACUGAUACUGUUACAAGACGUGAUCAUUGUAAUUGUACAUGUCAUCAUCAACCAUCUACCACUUUCGAUAAUCAUCAACACCAGCAAUCUCAUCACUCUAAAGAUACUCAGAGUUCUGUAAAUCCAUCAGUUGGUAUUCUUGAUAAAAUUCACAAUCGAUCACUACAUGGUUCAGGUGAAGAAUGGUGUGCUGAUCGACGAUCUUCUGUACCAUGUACAAUAAAAGGGAAUAUGAGAGGAAAUUUAAAUAUUUCAGAGAAUAAAAGAAAGUCUGUUCCGGUAGUUAACUCAGACCGACCGAAACAAUUAACUGUUUGCAAUCCUUACAUACAGAAUAAAAAUGAUUUAAACAGUUCACUGCAGUUAAUCGACAACAGUUUUACUGAAAUCAAUAAAUCGAUUGUUGGCGAUAUUUCUGUUCAAUUGAAUAAUAAUAAUCCUAAGAAUAAACUGGAUAAAUUGAUCACUCAAGAAGAAGAUGAUACUGUUUUCCCAAUGGAUUAGAAGGAUUUGAUUGAUUUCAUUCUUUGUUGGUUUAUUUGAAACAAGAUAGCGAUAACAGCGCAUGUGGUAGCCACGAUUGAAUAUAAUAUUGAUCCUAGUUAUUUGUAUUAAUUGAAGGUUGUUGCACUUUCUUUUUAUUCAAUAAAUUAAAUAUACUAACAAACAUUUUACAUUUUUGUAGUAACUAUUUGCCUUGAGAAAUCUUAUCAGUUUUUGCAUUCUUCCAUAAUAUAUGUACAUGGCUGAAGAAAAUAGAAUACACAAACUGCUGAAUGAUGAUAUGUACAUUCACAUUUAUUCUCCGGUCGUGAUAUUACAUACAUCAGUCUAUGUAUGCGCAACAUAUUCUUUUACUAUUGUGUUUCUUUAGUUAAUAGAAACAUAAAUAGAUGUUAACCACUGGUCUAUAAUUACCCGUUUUUGUGUUUAAAUAUAACUCAAUCGAACAGUUUAGUCUUUUUUUAUUUAUGUAUUUCAUGUAUUUUCAUUUCUUUUAUAAAAAUCAUGGUUUUUAAUAAAAUGUAAUUGUUAAAUCCGAUAAUUAAGUAGUUAGCAAUCAUACUCCUCUCACUGUUAUUUUUGUUGAGUAAUCCAACAUAAUUACCAUUUACAAGUGUCUUUAUAGACUGAGAUUAUCCACAAUGUUUCCACUGUUC